CCCAAAUCCCGACGGCUUACGUUUGGUGCGUUGCAUGCUAGAAGCGUUAGUGCUGACACUCCUUAGGUGUUGUCCAGAAACUGUAUUAAGACGCUGCUCCUGGCUUGCUUCAAAUACUACAGAGCACUAUUAGCUUGAGGGCAAUUACCUUUACGCUAUUUAUUAGUUUUUAGCACGUGGAAAAGAUGCUAUCUUUGGAUGAAUGGUACAAGUCGUUGCCAAUCGUGACGAGAGCGUACGUUACGAUGGCCUUCUUAACAACGGCUGGCUGUGCGCUUGAGAUCAUAACGCCGUUCAACGUGUAUUUCAAUGCAAACUUAGUGCUGAAAAAGAAAGAAGUAUGGCGCCUGGUAACGAACUUCUUCUACUUCGGCAACCUAGGUCUGGACUUCGUGUUCCACAUGUUCUUCCUGCUCAAGUACUGCAAGUCGCUAGAGGAGGGCUCCUUCCGCGGCCGCUCCGCCGACUUCCUGUGGAUGCUGCUGUUCGGCGGCUGCCUGCUGACCUGCCUGGCGCCCUUCGUCAACAUCCAGUUCCUGGGCUCCAGCCUGACCUUCAUGAUGGUGUACGUGUGGGGCCGGCGCCACCAGUACGUGCACCUCUCCUUCCUGGGCAUCUUCAACUUCACGGCGCCCUACCUGCCCUGGGUGCUGCUGGCCUUCAGCCUCAUGCUGGGCAGCAGCCCCGUGGUGGACCUCAUGGGCAUGGCGGCGGGCCACGUGUACUACUAUCUGGAGGAUGUGUAUCCGCGCAUCUCGGGGCGCCGGCCGCUCAAGACGCCCGCGCUCAUCAAGAUGCUGUUCCCGCCCGAGGAGGCGGUCUUCGUG